GCGCUGCGGGGGGUGGAUGCGAUCGAGCAUCGCCGCCCCCUUCCCGCACCCGCCCCGGCAUCCUCCUGCCGCCGCUCCCGCCGCCGCGAGGCAGCUUUUCACCAUCACCAUCCCUUUUCUCUGAUUUCCCCCUUUCCCCCGUUUCUCGCCGCGCCGCAGCCGGAGGGAGGGAGGACGGCGGAGCCGGCGCCCGGCCGCCGGGAGAGGCUGAGAGAUGGCCGAAGGGGAAAUCACUACCUUCACUGCCCUGACCGAAAAGUUCAACCUUCCCCUGGCGAACUACAAGAAACCCAAACUCCUGUACUGCAGCAACGGGGGCCACUUCCUACGGAUCCUCCCAGAUGGCAAAGUGGAUGGGACCAGGGACCGAAGCGACCAGCACAUUCAACUCCAGCUAAGCGCGGAAAGUGUGGGAGAGGUGUAUAUAAAGAGCACCAAGUCUGGGCAGUACCUGGCGAUGGACAGCAACGGGCUGCUCUAUGGCUCGCAGUUACCGGGUGAGGAGUGCCUGUUCCUCGAAAGGAUUGAAGAAAACCAUUACAACACGUACACCUCCAAAAAGCACGCGGAUAAGAACUGGUUCGUUGGUCUGAAGAAGAAUGGGAACAGCAAGCUGGGGCCGCGGACUCACUAUGGCCAGAAGGCAAUCCUUUUCCUCCCGCUGCCCGUCUCGGCUGACUAAACCCCAUCCGGGAGCUCAGAGACAACCUGAACCCCAAAACCCAACCAUCACCUCCUCCUUUUCCCUCGCUCCCUCUCUUUUCGGCUAGUAUGACAGAGCCAAACGUUAGAGCUCCGAGCUUUACGUAAAGGCUUUACCAAAAAUAGACACAGCAGAGCUCCUCUGCUCUGCACGAGGCUUUGCAGAGAUGAGGGGAAAAGCCCUGAGACCCUCCCAAGGACCACUGGCACCCCCACCUCCCCCUGCCCUCUGCAGUCUUUUGGUAACGUGGGACCCGCUUGUGCCGUGACCACCCUGCGGCUCCCGCGGGCACACACAAACCUGCCCCAGGCAGGCACCCAGAAACGUGGCCAAGGGCGCCCCAAGGACACCCCAGGUACCAGGGGAACGCACGCUUUUCCUGUCCCCAGUCAUUCUAAGGCAAAAGCUCCCUGGAUACACUAUAUUAACGUAUUUAUCCAUCUAAGUAUGUAGCUUUUAAUAUGCCUUCAAGCAAUUUCAGAUUGCACCAUCGGUCAUGUUACCGAGUGCCAGCCUGGUUAAAUGCUUGCAGGUGUCCUCGGCGUAUUAAGCUAACCUAGCAUCAGCCAAAAGCUCCAAGCCCUAGACAUCUUAGCCUCCCUUGCAACACCAAUAUUGCUACAUUUCAUCCCAGUACCUGCCAUAUGCUAUUUGUAUUUAUUUAUUAAGUAAACCUGUCUCUUCUGCAACCUGUUCAUAAGUCAUUCUAGGCACCGAAGCCCCUUGAUGUUGCCCCAGUGAGGGUGCGGCAGAGUGGCCCCGACUGAACUCUGAUGCUGGAGGUGUGAUGGUGCAGCAGGAAUGGGCCGCAUGACGGUGGCAGUCAUCGCACCCCGUUCCCGGGGGGCUUCCUCCCGCACCCCCAGCACCUGGCUAAACGGGGCUCUAAAAAUGGCACUGGGGCCCCUUGGAGACUCCCAAACCCUCCAUGAAGGUGGGUUUCUCCUCUCCUGGGACAAAGCAAACCUCCUGAGCGGCUUGAGAGACGCUCCUGCCAGGCGAGAGCGUCACGGGAGCACAACGCUGCCAUGCUCUAUCCUGGCUUGUCUGUCUGCGUCUGCCUCGGGUGCUUGCAGACCCCAAUGGUGACCAGGCACAAGCUGCCCGGGGGGACAAGUCAGCCCCGGCAGCGCUGGGGCAAAGCCUUGCUGAGCCAGAGCUUCUCUAAUCGCUUCUCCUUGGGGGGGUUGGACAAGAUGAUCUCCAGAGGUCCCUUCCAACCCUGUGAUUCUGUGAUUCUCCCCGAGUGGCACAAGCAUUUUACCUUGCAG